UAAGCGUUGCUAGGAGACGGAGACGCUGUCUGGAAUCAGUCUCCGUGGGCUUAAGGUAGCCAGGAUCCUCGCUAAACCCCGGACCAGCCACCCCCUCCUCCCCCACCCCCCUUCCCAACCCCCACCCCACGCUAGGGUUCCAGCGGCAUCUACUUGGAGUGUUGCUUUUUGCGCCCUUCCUCUCUAGUCCUUCGGGUCACCUGGCCCGACCGUAGCCGCAGUCAUGCCAAAAAAGGGCAAAAAGGGCCCAAAGACCGAAGAGGAGAAACUGUUGAUGCUUCAGCAUAAAAUGAUGGCCGAGGAGGAGGAGCACAGGAAGAAGGAGCGGCUCCUGAAUCAGUUCUUGAAGGACAAGCUGGCUAAGGAGGAGCAUAAUAGUUCCUUGAACCUUAAUAAAAUCAAUACCCAAUGGAGAAUGGUCCUGAGGGAAGUCAAGGCCAGAGAACUAAGGAAAGACAUCGAGAUUCUUAGCCAAACAUUUGAAAGGGUAGUGGAUUGCAAAAAUAGUGUGAUCAAAUCUUUAGCUAAGGACCUAACAGAGGCUGAAGAGCAGUAUGCACAUGCUCUCCAGGGUCACCUGCACAAUGUGGAUGAGCUCCUGGCACUCCAAAGAAGCCGCCUUACCUACCUGGAGGAGUGCUAUAAUGAAGAACUUGAUGCUCUCAACAAGGAAUUUGAGAAUGAGAGGAAGAUGAUCAUUGAACAACAUGAGAGAGAAAUGCGCUACCUCCAGGAUGUUUUCCUGGCCAUGGAGCAGAACUUCACGGAAACUGAAUAUGAAGCUAAGCUCGAGUUCCAAAGCAUGUGGGAUGACCUCAAAAAUAAGAACCUGGAAGAGAAGCACUUUCUGCGAAUGCAAUUAGAAACCACAGUAGAAGAUCUGUGGAGAAGGUUCCAGGAGGCACUCAAGAACUAUACUGAUGCCACAGAAGACAGGAAGCUUGCCUUUGAGACCUUGAAGUUAAGGGAUGAGAAGAGCUCCAAAGAGAUAGAGGCGCAGAUGAAAAAAAUACAGAAAAUACAGGACUCCAUCGCUAUCCUACGGAACAAGCUCAUGGUGCACACCCGUGAGAACGAGGAACAGAACCGACAUAUCCGUGAAGACAAAGACCUGGUCCACAUGCAACUCCAGAAACUCAAACUGCAAAUGAAUCAAGCCCGGGGAGUGGCUCGGCACAGCCUGGCCAAGCUGACCUGGGAGAGUAACAUCACCCUCAAAGCCCUGAAGAAAAUUGUUGAGAAGGGCGAGUGCAUCCUCAAACUGGCUGAAAUAUGUAGGAAGUUUGAGACAGAGGAGGAGAAGGUCCUGCCCUUCUAUGCCACCAUGUUGACAGAGGAGGAACUGCAGGAAGUGGAGUUAAAUGCUCAUGAGGAGCCCACAAUAGAGCUUGCUAAGUUGAUGGAGAACUACACAAAUUUGGAGAAUUUCUGGAAAAGAUAUAACAAGGUGAAGCUAGAGCAACUAAGCCUAGAGCGAAGGCGGACCCAGCUGCUGGAAACCAACGAGAAGCUGAGGCAGAUGCUCAAGCAGUACCUAGAUAGCAUCUCCGUGAGCGAUGAAGUGAUGAGCCAGCUCAACCCACUCCUGAUUGUCAACAACCGCAGCAACAUCCCCCCAACCCCCAAAGAGAACAUAGUGCGGGAUCAGGUCUAUAACAUCAUCGAAGGAGCCCACGUCCACAUGCUGCAAGAACCUCCUCCUCCACUAUGUCCUCAGGCUCUCCCUAAAUCCCGAAUGCUUCCCCUCCCUCGAUAUUAAAGGUUUCCAUGAAGA